GUCGAAGAGGCUCUCGGGGCGCCCGAGGCGGCGGCGUCGGCGGCCCCGGAGGCCCAGAGGUUGCCCGUGGGCGACGGCGAUGGGCUUCUGCUGCCGGCGGCCGAGAGCGACGAUGGCGAGGCGCAGGAGGGCCGCACCGCGCCCCUCUUCGCCCCCCGCGCGUUGAAGCCCAAGAUCCCCAAGCCGCUGCGGGGCCUGGUCGGCAAGGCGAUCGCGGACUACAGUAUGAUCAAGGAGGGCGACCGCGUCUUGGUGGGCCUCUCCGGCGGCAAGGACUCGCUGACAGUGCUCCACGUCCUGCUCGGCCUGCAGAAGAGCGCCCCCGUCCGCUUCGACGUCGCGGCUGCCAACGUCAACCCGGAGACCCCAGAGUACAACCCCGGGCCGCUGACGGCGUAUCUGGAGGCCAUAGCGGGGGCCGAUGACGUGGCCCAGCAGCUGCCGCCCGACGAGUGGGCUGACGAGCUGCCAGUAGCGCUGCGCGUGCCCGCGACGGGCGGCACGGGCCGAGGCGGUUGCAAGGACAAAAACUCGGCCAAGGAAGGCGCAUGCAAGGACAAUUUCACGGUCUCUCCGUCGUGGAGCUCCGCUCGUUCGCCUUCCUCGCGAGAGAGUCGGCUGCCCGUGUGCGCCAUGCCGCACGACCGCGAGCAGAUCGUCCGCAUGUGCGAGUCGUUGCAGGUGACCGCGAGUGCCGCCAACCUCCGCGAUGAAGCGCGCCGCGGUGAAGCAGGCCACAAUGAGGCCCUCUGUGAUGAAGCACUCCGUGACAGAGCACUCCCCGAUGAACUGCUCUGCAAUGAAGCGCACUCCCCGAUGAAGCGCAGGUUGGCGAAGCACACCCCUGCGGAGCACGCGACGGUGAGGAAGCACGCCUUCGCGAAGCACGCCGCGAUAGAGCACGCCGCGGUGUAG